AUGGCCGCUGAACAACCUGCGAAGUCCGGUCUGGCCGUUGGCCUUAACAAGGGCCACAAAACCACUGCCCGUGUCGUCAAGCCCCGUGUCUCCCGCACCAAGGGCCACCUGAGCAAGCGCACUGCCUUCGUCCGCGAGAUCGUCAAGGAGGUCGCUGGCCUCGCUCCCUACGAGCGCCGAGUCAUUGAGUUGCUCCGUAACUCCAAGGACAAGCGUGCCCGUAAGCUCGCCAAGAAGAGACUCGGUACUUUCGGCCGUGCUAAGGCUAAGGUCGACGAGCUCCAGCGUGUCAUCGCUGAGUCUCGCCGUGCUGGUCACUAA